UAAAAAGGGCGUAAUAACAAAUUAAUAAUUUCUACAAGUCAGAAAGUUCUCAAAAACAACAUAUUAGACAAUGUCUGGCGGAACAGUGGUAUUCAAACCUGUUCAUUGAUGUUGGGAUAAUACAAUACUUGUCAUUUUCUUACAAGUUUCCAUAACAACAAUAGCUUUCAUUAUACCCUACACCACUAUAGUGGGGAGGGUAUUAUUUUGUUUAGUUUUUUGUCUUUCCUGUAAAAUGUUUAGGUGUUGUGAAGCCCUUUUGCAUUUCGUAGUACUUUCGAAAAUGCAUAAUGGGCAUAAAACAUCGAAAAACGUAUCAAAAAAUAGCUGAUGCGGUGUAUGAGUAAGUACAUAUUUAUAUUUUAGUUUAUUUAAUGAAAUUUAUUUUCAUUUACACAUUUUUAAAUCAGAAUCUUUUGUCUACGCAUUAGCAUAUUUGCAGACAAAUCAUUGAUUCACUGCAGUGAUGCAUUUCGGAACAGGACCGUUGUAAAACUAAACGUGACAUUUUUAUGUGCAUUCGGUAGUUGGUGUUCUGGUCUGUUAGAUUCCCACCAGAGACAGGCACGAUUCUUUGUUUUCAUAAACUUUAUAUGGGACUCAACGCUAUUAUUUAGGUACGACUAUUAUUAGUCCUAAAUAAAGGUAAAAAUAUUAGUACUAAAGUUUUGAAAACUUAUUUUUUUAAUACUACAAUAAAUUAAAUAAAACUAUAAAAUGGUGUCGAGGUAAAUUUGUCGAUGCAUUUCGAAUUGUCAUGGAAUAUAAUCAUUGUCGACCAGUAUUGAUAUUAAAUAUAGUAUUGAAUUUGAAAAACAAAUAUUAAAAAACUGCUUCAUAAAAAUUCGUUUUAAAAUUAAAUUUGAAUUUUAAUUAUAAUUUAAUUCAAGACUUGAAUUAAACUGUAAAAUGAUCGACUUGAAUUCAAGUUGGGAGAACACUGUUGAAUUAAAAUGUAAUACAAGUCUGUUUUAAUGCUUGAAAUUUGAAUGUUAGACUGGAAUCAUAUUCUCAUCACUAUUAUAGACUCGAUUACAUAAAUAAUUUGUCUACUUUAUGAUUAAAACUUUACAAUAACAUCAUUACUUUUUAUAAAAAAUAAAAAUAUAACAAAAUUUUAAGUAAUCAUUAAAAUUAUUAAAAACAUUAUGGAUGAUGAAAAUUCCUUAUUAGAGCAUACGUGCAAAUUAAAUUUUACGGAACCAGCAUCACAUUACCGUUUAACGGGUGUUAUCGGAACUGUGUCUAAAGCUUCUCGCUCUUUACAAGUGCUCAGGAAAAUGAUAAGAACCGGAAUGACCAUUGUUCGUUUAAAUUUUUCACAUGAAACACACGAACUUCACGCAGAAACAAUACGAUUGCUGCAUAAUGUAGAAGAAGAAUACUCCAAGGAAAUGGGCUACACCAUUCAGUUAGCUAUAGCUCUAGAUACAAAGGGUCCAGAAAUUAGAACAGGUUUAUUAGAAGCUGGUCCAAAUUCACAAGUAGAAUUAAAAGUCAAUGACAGUGUACGUCUAUCAAUAAAUCGUGAUCUUAUGGACAAAGGAAAUCGAGAGUGCAUAUUUGUGGAUUAUGAAAACAUUAUCAACGUAGUUCAACCUGGCAAUUUUGUGUACAUUAAUGAUGGAUCAUUAAAGUUUAUCGUAAAAGAGGUUGGAGUUGAUUGUGUAACUUGUCAAGUUGAACGUGGUGGUAUGUUGGGCUCCAGAAAAAAGAUCAAUCUUCCCGGUGUGUCUGUUGAUCUGCCGGCUGUAUCCAAAAAAGAUGUCAAUGAUUUGAAAUUUGCUCUUGAACAUAAAAUUGACUUUAUUUUUGCUUCAUCUAUGCGAAAUGCUUCGGCUGUAAAAGAGGUUCGUUCUUUGUUGGGAGAUCAAGGGAAAUAUGUAAAAAUAAUAGCAAAAAUCGAUUGCGAACAGGGCUUACAUAAUGUGGAUGAAAUCAUUUCAGUUGCAGACGGCAUCCUUUUUGCAAGCGCUGAUAUUGCGAUAGAAAUAAACAAUGCCAAAGUGUUCUUGGCACAAAAGGCAGUAAUGGCGCGUUGCAACAGAGCAGGAAAACCUGUUAUAGUAGCAACAAAGCUAUUAGAAUCUAUGCGAUACUCAAUUUUUCCCACUAAAGCAGAAUUCUCUGAUUUAGGUAAUGCUAUUUUAGACGGUGCAGAUUGCGUUAUGCUUUCAAGCGAAACUGCCAUAGGACAAUUUCCCUCAGAAUCUAUAGCAUAUAUGUGUGAUAUAUGUCGGGAAGCCGAACUCGCUCUAUGGAAUAGACAUAUGUUUGAGGAUCUUUUGCUUAGAAAUCCGACAAGUUUAGAUGCGGCACACUCUAUGGCUAUAGCAGCAGUCGAUGCUGCAAAAAAGUCCUCAGCCUGUGCUAUUGUAGUUUUGACUGCAUCAGGAAAAUCGUCAUACUUAUUAGCUAAAUAUCGACCAGGAUGUCCUAUAUUAGCUGUGACAAAAUGCCCAAGGACAUUUAGGCAAUCUCACCUUUAUCGUGGAGUUAUUCCAGUAAUGUAUACAGAAAUUACACAAAAAAGAUGGUUGAAUGAAGUAGAUGCCAGAGUUCAAUUUUGCAUGAACGUUGCUAAUCGUAUGAAUAUUAUAAAAAGUGGCGAUUCAGUUGUGAUACUUUCGCCUUGGAAGAAUGAUGGAGGAUUUACAAAUACAAUGCGCUUAGUUUAUGCAUUUUUUGAGCAAGAAGAUAUAGAUGGUAUGUGCAAAACUGACCGGAAAUCUACGAAAAAGUUGAAAGUGUAA